GAACCGUCAGCCGAUGAUGGCUCAGAUGAGCGGCGUCUCGAAUGUGAACCUUCCUCUCAGAGCCAGCAAUCCCAACCAGGGCACCAUCAACGCCCAGAUGUUGGCCCAGCGUCAGCGGGAGUUGCUAAGCAACCACCUGCGCCAGCGGCAACAGCAGCAGCAGAGGAGCCUGGCCAUGAGGGGCCUCUCUCUGCCCCCCAGCAUGAACAACAACAACCCUCGAGGGCCACAUACGGCCCCCCCGCAGUUCCCCUACCCUCCCAGCUACGGUACCAGUACAGGCCUGGCCUCCCCCCCUCUCUCCCCAAACCUCCCCCCCAACCCUCAGCUGCACAUGCAUGGCUCCUCCUCUUCCUCUACCUCCAAUUCCUCUUCCUCCACCUCCGCAUCCUCCUCCUCCCAGAUGAUGAUGGGACAGUAUGGGGCCGUGCUCAGCCCCCAAAUGCAGCACAGUGCCUUUCAGUUUCCCAACUCAGGUACUGAAGACCCCCCUCCCAAGUCCUAGCCUCCCACAUUCUCCAUUCUCCACCCUGCUAGUGUG